UCCAGCCUUAGGGCUUCCCUUGGGUGCUGGCUUAUGUGUGCAGCUCUUGACAGGGCUGAGCACUGGGCACAGCUUAUCCUGCAGCCCAAAUGGGGGAUUUUGGGGUUGCGUGGGGUCCUAUGAUGUGCACCCACAUGUGUUGCGACCCAGAGAAAUAUUGGGUUGCAACUGCACGGAGUGCUUUUUGUUGCCUACAUCUGCUCCUUGGGCAGAGCUCAUUGCCUUUGCACCAGCAACUCAGUGAUUUGGAAGGAGAUGGGGAUGCUGUGGGGUCACAGUGUCUGUUUACCUCGAGGCACUUCAUUCAUUGCUCAUCUGUGCAGCUGGUGAGGUGAGAAGGCUGGAUAUGCAGGGAUUACUUUGCAUGUUGGUAUGGUUUGUGUCUGCAAAUGCUUAACACUGGGCAGCACUGAGUCAGACAAGAAAAAGGACAAAAACCAGGCUGCUGUGUGCUGCAGAGUCUGCUUUGGGGGGCAGUGGGGCCAAUUCUUCUCUCCCCCUCUUGGUUGCUGUGGGCUGGAGAUGGAACUCACAAAGGCUCCGCUUUGAUUUGGAAGCCCUGACCCCAAACUCCUGCCCACAGGCACCUUUCAUAUGGCAUAAUCCCUGUACAACCCCAUGCAGAGAUUACUGUGCCCAGAUCAGGGAACUCUGAGCCCUUCCAGCAGAACCUGGCCUCGUUGCUGCCACCUCUUCAUUGGCUCUUUCCCCAGCCAUCCAGAAAAUAACAUCAUAACUGAAUACACAUGAUCACCACUGAAAGGGGAAUCGGCUGCUCUUCCCAGUUUAGUGGCAAACUGUGGGAUGCUCCUUGCUUCUGGCAGAUCCAGGUGUCCCCUAUUGUGAAACCACGGCUGAGUCAGUGCUGCAAGCUGGCCUGCGGGGAGCCCAGCUCCAAACAUCCUGUCCGAGGGCCACCUCCCUGCCUCACCUCUGCCUUUAUCUGCCCCUUCUGAGUAACAACGCGUCUGGCGAGGGAGAAGGACAAGCAGAAGCUGCAGACACCAGGAGUGAUCCCAAUGCCGACGAGUUUCCUUGGCAGCGCCCUCCGGGGCACCUUCUUCCUCAUCUUUGGUCUCUGGUGGUCGGUGCGAUACCCCCUGAAGUAUCUCAGAAGGAAAACAAAUGCUGAGAACCAGCCAAGCUAUGGGCUCCGGCGUGUGGAAGUCUUUGAAGGGGCAGUCAAAGCUUUCUUUGCCCUGGCAGGGAUCCUGGUGGAGCAGUUUGUCCCCUCUGGUCCCCACCUGAUGCUGUACAGCCCCAAGACUCACAGCUGGACGGACCUCACGCAUUGGCACUACACCACCAUGUACCUCUUCUUCCUCCUCUCUGGCAUCGUGGAUGUGGUCUCACACUCACCACUCAAACUGCCAUUGGGUUUAGAUCGGCUCUCGCUGUCUGUGGCUCUGUUCAUGGAAGGUUUGCUCUUCUGCUUCCAUAACUUUGGUGAUGCUACACUGGACCAGCACCUCCACUCCCUGCUGGCCUUCGCUAUUUUUGCUGGAGCCCUCUGUGUCCUCCUGGAGGUGUUCCUCAGAGAUCACAUCAUCCUGGAGUGCCUCAGGACCAGCACAUUCCUUCUGCAGGGCUCCUGGCUCUGGCAGAUCGGGUUUGUGCUGUCCCCUCCCUGGGGAGGACCAGGCUGGGACCAGACUGACAGCAGCAAUUUCUCAUUCCUCACCAUGUGCUUCUGCUGGCACUACGCAGGAGCCCUCAUCGCCCUGGCAGCCAACGCGGCCGUGUCACGCUGCUGCAACGAGUCCUGCCAGCUGCGAUUCGGGGACAUCGACGUGGAGUUGGACUGCGGCCUGUGCGUCCGCAAGAAGGGCUCUGGUGGGGCACUGCUGCCCGAAGGCGGCCCUGAGGAGAAGUGAGGCUGCAGCGGGAAGUGGCGGCUCCUCCUGCUGCUCUGGGGAUCUUGAGAUGAACUUCGGAGUUCUGUUUGGUUAAACUGGAAGCAGAGGAAGCGGGAGGUUGAGCCCCAAAGCUGAGCUGCUCCUGCGUGCUCCCGGCCCCCUCUGACAGCGAGGAGUUUGCCAUUUUCUCAGGACUGGUUUGCUGGCAGGCGAUGUGGUUGGUUGGGCUUUCUCUGAACCCAGCAGGAGGGAUGCAAACUGCCCCCUGAAGCAGCUCCUGGUGCCUGCUGCUCGCUGUGCCGCUAGCAGAGGGGUUUUGUACAAAGCUUUGCAUGCACAGAGUGUACACGGUCGCAAA